AUGAAGAGACCCAUGAGUGUCAGAUUCUUAGCGGCUGAUGAGGCCUGGAGGGAGGGAAAGUGCAACAGAUUCUUGGGGUUCUUAUCCUUGGGUUACGUAAGGGCCAGGAUGGUGGUUGCCAAUGUCCUUGCUGCGAGGCCGCCAGUCUCUUGCGCUUGCGUAACCAACUUCUCGAUUCAUAUGUCCUGCCGGAUUCCUAUUGUCCUCAUUUCAUCCUCCAGAGUGGGUACGUUGCCUGUGAUGUCUAGAGCAGGUCUCGACACACCCAAGAUCGUACCUGUUCAACCGCCAGCAAAGAGAUCUACGCAAGACUUCAUCUUUGGCAAGGUCAUUGGAGAAGGGAGUUUUUCAACUGUCUACCUCACAAAAGACGUUCAUUCCGCCAAGGAGUAUGCCAUUAAGGUAUGCGACAAAAGGCACAUAAUUAGGGAGAAAAAGACUGAGUACAUUAAACGUGAAAGGGACAUCCUGAAUAUGAUCAGUUCAGCCGGCGUCCCUUUCUUCGUCAAGUUGUACUGUACCUUCCAAGACAAUGACAGCCUCUACUUCGUCUUGUCCUAUGCGAAGAAUGGCGAACUCCUGCCUUAUAUUAACAAAGUUGGUGCUUUUGAUAUCGAAUGCACAAGAUUCUACGCUGGCGAGAUCUUGCAAGCAUUGGAGCACCUUCAAAGGCUGAACAUCAUCCACAGGGAUCUCAAACCAGAGAACAUACUCCUCGAUGAAAAGAUGCAUAUCCUCAUUACUGACUUUGGUUCAGGGAAGAUUGUUAAAAAUGAUGACCAGUCGGAAGAUAGCGAGGACGAGACGAGGAGGAGGAGGAACAGUUUUGUCGGAACGGCCCAGUACGUAAGCCCUGAGCUGCUGACGGACAAAGUGGCCCACUAUGCCUCGGACCUUUGGGCGCUCGGAUGUAUCAUAUAUCAAAUGAUUUCUGGUCUUCCUCCGUUCAGGGCAAGGCAUGAAUAUGCUAUUUUCCAAAAAAUUCUCAAACUUGAGUAUGAGUUUCCUGAAGAAUUUGACUCGCAAGCUCAGGAUUUAGUUCAGAAACUCUUAGUACUAAACUGCAAUGAGAGAUUGGGGGCGAAUGACAAGGAUGGAUAUCCAUCGAUCAAAUCACACCCGAUGUUUGCUGGUUUGGAUUUUGCCCGAUUGCACCUCACCACCCCUCCCGCUAUCUCGCCUUACCUACCUUCUUCGGAUGUUAGCCUCGAUUACAAGGUACCCGACCACCUUGAGCCAGGAUUGGACAGCCAGCUCAGUCGACUACUUGGCCUUGAGCCUGAAUCCGGAAGUCCUAAGUCGAGAAGAAGUCAAGCUGUAGAAAUUCUCUCGAACAAGGAACUGAGGGCAUCAAAGCUGGAGAGCCAGGCAGCCGAGUCUAGGUGGCACUCUCUGGUUGAAGGAAGGCUCAUCCUCAAGCAAGGGCUUGUCAACAAGAGGAAGGGUCUCUUUGCGAGGAAACGAAUGCUUUUGUUGACCGAAGGCCCACACUUGUAUUACGUCGACCCCGUAUCGAUGACACUGAAAGGGGAAAUCCCAUGGUCCGAUGAGAUCACACCCGAACCGAAGAACUUCAAGAUCUUUUUUGUCCACACUGUGAGUCCUAAUAGGACAUAUUACCUUGAGGACCCUGAGGGAUACGCCCUGGAUUGGUGUAAAGCGAUAGAAGAAGUGAAGGCUUUCUGCAGCGGGAAGAAAGUAUAACCUCAAGCGCUGCCGCAGGAGCCGCAACCAUUCGACUGUGAUACUAGCCUUAAGAAACACAACAAUAAGGGUCUUUGAGCGUGCGUUAUUGAUUUGUAUAAACAAUACGCGCCUAAACGAAAGCACAUUGUGUACAAUCUGUAUUAUUAUAUAAAACUCCUUGUACUAAAUGUGUUUGAUUCUCUCUCUCGCGAUAGGAGGUUCACUAUUUGUGUUGACGCAUUCCAGAGGAGUAUAUUAGAUGUGAAUUAGUUAAAAUAUUGUUUAGACGUACAAAGGUCGAUGUACAUUGUGUAUAUAUAUUAAUUUAUUUAUUACCGUGAUUGAUAUUAUGUGAGUAGUUAGGAAAUGAAAAUCGAGUGUUGAUUUUUUUAAAAUCGACUUAGGAAGAAUUUGAUUUAGUUCAAAUUUGAUUUAGACAAUUUAUUAUUUAAUAUAGUUGUAUUUAUUGAGUUUUCUACUUUGCAAUGUAAUAUUUUUUAUAAAGUGGCACAUAAUCUAUUUAUUACUAGUAAUAAUGAUUUUUAGAUAAUUUGUUAUUUAUCUCUGACGAGAAUUAGUUGAAUUGUAUUUCAUACGGGAUAAAUGUUACCAAACUCUAUUUAAAGAAACUUACCUUAAUUAUUUCACGACGCGAGAGGGAGAUGUGUACUAUGUAAUGUUUCACCUAUAGAUAAUGUACCUCUACUGACAGCUUGUUUUGCUGACGUUUGGGGUACUUUGGUGUAUUGUGAAGUCUGUGAAAUGACUUGAACUAGGGAAAUUGUUAUGGAAUAGGUGAUGUCAUUAAGACAAAGCCAAACCUGUAUUAUUGAUACUGCCCUAAAACGGUUGCCGGCAACCGUUUUAUUAUAUUGUGUGAGAUGUUAAGCUAAUUUUUUUAAACUUUUCUUUUGAAUUAUUAUGUUCCUUUCAAAAAGAGGGUUGGCUUGUUGCAACAUUAUUUGAUUCAUUGGCAUGUUGAUUUAUCACAAUUUCAGGAGAUAGGAAAAAAAAAAUCCUUUUGUAAUUUUGGUAGUAGAUUAUUUAUUCUAAAUUUGUCAGGAAAAGUUACUAAUUAAUAGAUUAUGACUGACCCUCUUGAGAACUUAUUCUAAAUAAUAAAUAUAUCGUAGCCUUAACAUUGACAAUUUCAUUUAUAGAAUAAUUUGUGUCCUAUAUAAAAUAAUUUAAUUAUUCACUUUAAUUAUUGGUUAUUGUUAAAUUAUUUUCCGCUAGUCAGCGUCGUCGACUAAUGGAAAAUUUACUGUUUUCAAUAACUUAGUGAACUGCAGUAUUUUAAAUAUUUAUUUCUUUAUGUUUGUAUAUGAUAAUAAUAGAAACAUUAAAAAAUAUAUAAUAAAAUAAUAUGUAGAAUUUAAUGGCCAUUCUUCUCUUACCUGUUAUCAAAAUCCUUAUCCUAUUUCAAUCAUUCAUGAACAAUAAUCUGAUAAUAA